ACUGAAGACUUUCAUCAAACACACGCCGAACACAAGCUCAGAUCUAUCCGUAGUGAUGCAGUUUGGAGAUACGUGCCGGCAAGUUCAUACCUCUUCUCUAACACGCGUCACGUCUUCCACUUCGAUCCCCCACAGUUCCUAUGUUCCUCUGAUUUAAGCCCUCACAAUUUGCUCAAUAACCCCACAAAAUGCACCGUUCAUUACCCAUUUUCAAGUUCUGCAAAUUACUCGCCAAUGGAUUCCCAAUCCGCCGGGGGUUUUGCUCAUCGGACACCCGAUCCCAUUUCAGCCACGCCGCUGGGUCUAUGGCUGCCCAUUUGAAGUCUCGCUCUGUCAUUCGGUUUCGGGGUCCCGACACCGUCAAAUUCCUUCACGGCCUAUUGACUAAUGAUGUGCGGCGGUUUGGGGAACCUCCGGGUGAGAAAACGUCGUCGUUGCCCACCCCCAAUUUGGCGCCGGUGUCGGUUACGCCUAUGUAUGCGGCGAUGUUGACGCCGCAGGGGAGGUUUUUGUAUGAUUUGUUUUUGUACAGGCCGCCUAGGUCUGAAGAGAAGCUUGAUCGGACUGGCUCUGGGCCUGGUCCGGCUUCGGAUGAGUCGGUGGAGUUGAUGGCUGAUGUGGAUUCUUCUGUGUUGGAUGAGCUUUUGGUGACGCUGAAGAAAUACCGUUUAAGGUCAAAGGUUGAUAUUGAGAAUGUGGCAGAGGAGUUUUCUUGCUGGCAACGCUUUGGUAAAAAGCUCUCUAGAAAAGCUUCCUCUGCAGAGGAACCAGACGCUGCCAGUGUUGGUUGGGGUGCUAGUGUUGAUCCUACAGCAAUGUCGGCUUCGCGUGGGGAAGACAUUGGCUGGCAAUGGUUUCAAGAUCCAAGGUUGGACUGCCUUGGUUUCAGAGGCGUUUUUCCAUCGAACGGGACACCUCCUCUUGUUGAGGCGGAUAAAGAAACCGAUGAAGAUAAUUAUGUAAUGUGGAGACUAGAGAAGGGCGUUGCAGAAGGUUCAACUGAGAUUCAAAAAGGUGAGGCGAUCCCCCUUGAAUACAACCUGGUGGGUCUAAAUGCAAUAAGUUUUGACAAAGGGUGCUAUGUCGGGCAAGAGCUUGUAGCUCGUACACACCACCGUGGAGUUAUCCGAAAACGUGUAGUUCCUUUGAGGUUUCUAAAUGACAGAGGGGAAGAUGUAGAGCAGAAUGUAUCAACUGGAUCGGAAGUAAUCAACUCCGCAUCCAGCAAGAAAGUAGGUAACGUGAUUGCUGCGGUCGGGUGCCGUGGACUCGGUCUCUUGCGCUUGGAGGAAGCGUUCAGAGGAUCACGAAGUUUGGCCAUUCAAGGUCUCGAGGGUGUGACGGUUGAAGCCAUUAGACCGGAUUGGUGGCCGGCUGAAUGGUAUCAAGAGCAUCAACAACACAAUACUGCUGUUGCAUAGAGUUUUAAGGAACUGAUACUCGGUUAGAUAAAUCCUGCAUAGCUUUCAGGCAUGGUUGUAUUUAUUGUUAGCCACGUUACUAAUAAUUCGGAAGUAUGAACCUUAAGAACUUUCAAUAUUACCUCUCGAUUUUGAAUUAUAUUUCUAUUCAAACCCAAAUCUUAUUUCUUUAAAAUUGAGAUGGGAUUCAAAUUUUGUUUGGC